GUAGGAGAUUUUUCCUCAGCCUAAAAUAGGUAUCUCACGGAGGCACUCUGCGAAGUGAAGCCAGCAACAGCAAACAGAAGCAAGACUUCCGUCUCUUCACUCUCUUCUAGCUCGCCGCCGCCGUCGUCGUCUUUUUCUUGGUUUCCGAAUUCGAAACCGAGUUCACUGAGCCCGAGUCACACUCAACCCAGGAAGAUAUGAACAGGAAAAAGAACCCUUGUGUCUUCUUAGAUGUAUCAACUGAUGGGGACCCAAUGGAAAGAGUUGUUAUAGAGCUUUUUGCUGAUGUUGUUCCUAAGACAGCAGAGAAUUUUAGGGCCCUCUGUACAGGUGAUAAGGGCAUUGGAAAGUCUACAGGCAAACCUCUCCAUUACAAAGGAUCACAAUUUCAUCGAAUUAUAAAAGGAUUUAUGGCCCAAGGUGGUGAUUUUUCAAAUGGAAAUGGCACUGGUGGAGAAAGUAUUUAUGGAGGGAAGUUUGCAGAUGAAAAUUUUAAAUUGAAGCAUGAUGGACCUGGUCUUCUGUCUAUGGCAAAUGCUGGUCCAAACACAAAUGGGUCCCAGUUCUUUAUAAUCUUCAGGCGCCAGCCUCAUCUAGAUGGGAAACAUGUUGUUUUUGGAAAGGUUGUGAAAGGAAUGGAUGUAGUUGAGAAAAUUGAGCGAGUGGGAUCAGCGGAUGGAAAACCUUUCCAAACUGUGAAAAUUGUAGAUUGUGGUGAAGUCUCUGAAAGUAAAGUCCAUGGUGCAACAGAGAAAGAGAGAGUUAAAAAGAGGAAAUCAGGAAAGGUUUCAUCAUCUGAGGAUAGUUCUGAUGGGGAAGCAAGAGGAAGGCGUAAAAAAUCCUUGAAGGGAAAAACAAAGAGAAGGAGAUACUCUUCGUCUGAAUCCAGCUCAGACAUGUCUGAGUCUAAUUCCUCAGAUUCAGAUUCAGAUUCAGAUUCAGAUUCCUCUCUAUCUGACUCAAGUCCGCCUAGUGGUGGAAGGCGCAGGAGGAGGUCUGUUAAAAAAGGUAAGCACCAGCGUUCAAGGAAAAGAAGAGAUGGAAAAAAAGAGAGGAAGAGAGGCCGGCAUGCCAAACGAUCAAGGCGCAAGACAAAACGGAGAUUGGAAAGUUCAAGUGAUACAGAAAGUGAGAGUACUAGAAGCAGCACAAGCAGUUCUGAUGAUGAUAAAGAUGGUCCUCAUGUUACUUCUCGUAAAACCAGUAACCUAAAGCGUGCAGAAAAAAAUCUUUCAACAAAUCUUGAUGUGGGAAAGGAACCCCCUCCUGUAGUUAAAAAAACUGUUGUUCAACGGAGGAACAAUCAUGAUAGGGAGAAAAGUGAGGACAACUCAUCCCAAGAAGAAGGUGAAUUGUCUCUGAAGAAUGAUGCGCGUAUAAAUAAUGGGCAUAAUGCAGAAGCCAAAACAGCUAAUCGGAAUUCCUACUCAGAUGACUCCAGAAGUCCGACUCGCAAAAGGAGGUCAAGAAGCAGUCCAAGCAUAAGUCCUAAAAGAAUUUCAAGUGGAAGUUCGCCAGGGAAUUCUGGUGAGCAAAACAGAGGAAGGCCUUCUAGGAGUCCAUUGGGCAGCCCUGUCUACAAAGGCCCUGAACCUUCUACCCAUGACCGGGGUUUGUCAAGAAGCACUACUCCAAAUGGCACUCCAAAGCGUGUUAGAAAAGGACGUGGCUUCACUGAGCGCUAUGCCUUUGCCCGUCGCUACCGCACUCCAUCCCCAGAGCGGUCACUUCGUAACUCCUAUCGCUAUGGUGGAAGAGACGUGUAUAGAAAUAACCGUGAUAGGUACUCAAACUACAGAAAUUAUUCUGAGCGCUCACCACGUAGACGUUUCCGGAGCCCACCAAGAGGUGGGAGCCCUCCCAGAUACAGAAGCAGGAGAAGUCGAAGUAGGAGCAAUUCCCGCAGCCCUGGUGGUUAUCGUGGCCGUAAUAGGGACCGCAGUCGCAGCCGUAGUCCUAGUCUAGCAGAUCGACCUCCUGUAAGUGAGAGACUAAAAUCCCGCCUUGGACCCCGAAUUGGUGAUCAGCACUCUCCAGACACAGGUAGGGCCAAGUCCAGGUCAAGGAGCCGAGGGCCCUCUCAUUCCAGAUCUCCAGAUGCUACACCAAAGCGUCGUAAUAGAACUCCUAGGUCUCCCAGCAGGUCAAGAUCAAGCUCCCCAUCUGGACAAAGGGGUUUGGUUUCAUAUGAAGAUAUCAGUCCUUAAUCUUUAUUCCUGAUACUGGGACAAGGGUAUGCCAUCUUGAGCAAGGAGAGAAGCAAAUGAUUUCUUGCACCGGGACAAAAGGUAGUGGCAUCGUGAGUUCAUGUAUCUGUAUGCAGACAGAAUGGAUCAGUAGGCAUUCUAGGUUUAUCUGUCUCAUUGGAUCUUUGCUUUCACAUGGCGAUGUAAUUUGAAUGUAAUAAUAUACUUUUUUUUAAGGAUUUUGAGUGGGGUUUUUUCCCCCUUUUUUCGU